AUGACUUUAGGCCUAAUGAAAAAUGUUGAAGUCCAAGGCAUCAUAGGGCCGACAACAUCUAUGCAGGCCGACUUUGUAAUUGAUCUUGGAGGGAAAGCUCAAGUGCCCAUUAUUUCGUUUUCAGCAACAAGCCCUUCCCUUUCAUCACUCAGGAGUCCAUAUUUUAUUCGUGCAACCCAGAUCGACUCUUCCCAGGUCGGUGCCAUCAGUGCAAUUGUAAAAGCAUUUGGGUGGAGAGAAGUCGUGCCAGUCUAUGUAGACAAUGAGUUUGGAGAGGGUAUUAUACCAUUUUUGACAGACGCCUUGGAAGAGAUCGAUGUUCGGGUUCCAUAUCGGAGCAUCAUUCCACCAUCUGCCACUGAUGAUCAGCUUGUUGUAGAACUUUACAAGUUGAUGACUAUGCAAACCAGAGUGUUCAUUGUUCACAUGUUGCCUUCUCUUGGUUCUCGCCUUUUUACCAAAGCAAAAGAGAUAGGAAUGAUGAGUGAAGACUAUGUUUGGAUCAUAACUGACGCCAUGGCUAAUGAAUUGAGUUCAAUGGAUCAAUCCGUAAUUAAUUCGAUGCAAGGGAUUCUAGGAGUGAAAUCUAAUGUUCUGAGAACAAAAGAGCUUGAGAAUUUUACCGUUCGAUGGAAAAGGAAGUUUUUACAAGCAAAUCCAACACUUGUUAAUGCAGAGUUAAAUAUUUUUGGACUCAGGGCAUACGAUGCUACAACUGCAUUAGCAAUUGCAAAUGGUCCAAUGCUUCUCCAAGCGCUACAAAAUACUACAUUUAGAGGCCUCAGUGGAGAUUUUUAUUUAGUCGAUGGGCAAUUGCAAUCAUCACCUUAUCAGAUAGUUAAUGUGAUUGGUAAUGGGGGUAGAGGGAUUGGAUUUUGGACCCCAAAAAAUGGAAUUAUCAGGGAACUAAAUUUCACAAAUUCUAACACGGACUUCAGAUCAAAGAGUAACCUUGGAUCUAUUAUAUGGCCCGGAGAUACUACAUCUCCUCCCAAGGGUUGGGUGAUUCCAACAAAUGGGAAGAAGCUAAGAGUAGGAGUUCCAGUGAAGGAUGGCUUUAGUCAAUUUGUAACAGUAACACGAAAUCCUGGAAGCAACAAGACAACAGUUACAGGAUAUUGUAUUGAUGUUUUCGAGGCUGUAAUCACAGCAUUGCCUUAUGCGGUUCCUCAUGAAUACAUUCCAUUUGCAACUCCGGAUGGCAACAGUGCCG